AUGUCCUGGGUGAGGGCGGCUGUGGAGCGGCAUGAGGACAGGGAAGAGGAGGUGUUUGAUGAGGAGGGAGAUGAGAUGAACCUUCUGCACAGAGAAUGGCAGAGAUCCAUGGAGAAGAGACUGAAGGAAGGGUAUGUAGAUGGGAUUGAUGCUGGAAAGGAAAAUGCAUUGCAGUCAGGAUUUAACCAGGGAUAUAAGUUGGGAGUCCAUAUGCUAAUGCCCUGUGGAGAACUUCGAGGGACUAUAAGUGCUCUUGUCACAUGGUGUCAAGUUCACAAAUCGGAUCCCACGCCGAAUACACAGCUUGGUGAGCUCCUGACUGCCAUCUGCCACUGUGAGGACCAACUUGUGAAGGGCCUGUCUUCUGUCCACCAGGAUGUUCAUCCUCCUGAGUUAUCAAGCUGUAUGGAUGACAUGGGACUCGGCAGCCAUACACAUGAGCCCAGUAAUGACUCAUGCGCUGCAGGCCAGGACUGUUGCCGCAAGCAGGAGUCUCUCUCUUCUUCCUUUCUAAACUGUAGGACUACACAGGAGAUGAACAACAUUAUGAAACAUGAACUUGGUCGAAUUUUGAAAGACACUCAUUCCAUAGCGCAACAGCUGAAUGUGUCUUCAGAUCUGCUUUGUUAUUUGCAAACUCUGGAACUGAAGCAUUCAUUGAUCUGAAGAUUAUAUUA